UAGUGAAAGGUUGUUAAUGUAAGAUAAGGUUGUUGCAGUUAUACUUUAAAAAAAACUGUUGAGUUUUCAGUGUGUACAAAAAUUUCAUAAAUUCUUGAGAACAAAAACUGAACCAAGUGAAGCCCCAUUUUGCUCCCAACAAAAGGAGUGGGUCCGAACGCAACCAGGCUGUUUAUUGUUCCAUUCUGUCUUUGAAGCUUUUUCUUUUUCUUUGCCAAGAUCUCUCUCACAAUCGACACCCCCUUAACCUUUUUCUUUUCUUUUCUCUUGUUUCUUCAUCACUAAUGGUUUUUGUUGUACAAAUGAAAGUAGAAAUAGAAAAAAAACUUUCAUUCUGAGAGAUCUCAGAGGUUUUUUUUCACUUAAUAUUAUAACAGAUGAGUUGUUAGGAAAUGGGGAGGAAAGGGAAUUGGUUUUCUGCUGUGAAGAGAGCUCUUAGCCCUGAAUCAAAGGAAAAGAAAGAUAAGAAAAACGAUAAAUCGAAGAAAAAUUGGUUCGGAAAACGGAAGAAGUCGGAUCUGGUUUCUGUGUCCAAAGAAACCACCAAAUUAGCUGUUCCUGCCUCUACUCCUCCUCCAACACGUCCUCCUCCUCCUCCUCCUGCUCUUUUCGAAGAUGUAAAAUUAACUGAAGCCGAGAAUGAGCAGAGCAAGCAUGCUUACUCCGUGGCUAUGGCCACAGCUGCUGCUGCAGAGGCAGCUGUUGCAGCUGCUCAGGCUGCUGCAGAGGUUGUUCGUCUCACGGCUGUGUCACGUUACCCUGGAAAAUCAAAGGAGGAAAUUNCAUGA